AUUGCUAAACAAACUCAAAGGAGCAGGCACAAAACUAGGACAUUUUUUCAUUUUAUUUGUGAAGAAUAUUUUUCAAAUAGUAUUUCAACUGAACAGUCUGAAAUAUAUUUUGGCUUUAGGCAGACAGGGGUUAUAAUUAUUUAUGUUAAAGGAUAUAUUGCAUAUCCCCAAUAACAUCUGCACAUUUAAGAACAUGGAUUCCAGCAGCUUCCAGGAAAUGACCAAUCCAGCUAGCAGUGUGACAGGAGGGAGGAGUGGAGAGAAUUGUCCACAGAUGGCUUUGGGGCAGACCCAGUCCCUGAAGGUGCUGUCAUUCCCCAGCAUCGUCAAACAGCAGGGACAUCUGGAGCUUUCGGCCAUCCUGGCCGGUAUGGGGCUCACGGAUGAGCAGAGGAGAGCAGUUGAGUUCGCCACAAGAGGUCAGCGAGAGAACCCAAUGUGGGGCAUUAUGAGGGAAGGCCGGAUUACCAGCAGUAACUUCGGUGUCCUCCUGUCUGCACUGCAAAGUGGGAAAGAAGUGUCCUCUUCGGCCAUCUCUCGUUUAAUUGAACCAAGGUCACUGGAACAUGUGCCAGCGAUCAAGUGGGGCAUACAGAAUGAGGAGAAGGCAAGAAAGGCCUUCGAGGAGGAGAAACAGGUGGUAGUGCAGGACUCCGGCCUGUGGUUAUCCAAGUCAGGGGUGUUGGGUGCCUCUCCUGACGGCUUGGUUGGCUCCACAGAACUUGUUGAAAUCAAGUGUCCGUACAGUGCCCGGGACAUGACAAUUGAGGAGGCAGUUUCUGAGUUGGAUUACUUUUUCCUGGAGAAAGUCGGCGAAGACUACCAGCUUCGCCAAAAUCAUGAUUACUGGCACCAGAUACAGGGACAGAUACAUAUUGCUGGGAGGGAUGUUUGUUAUUUUGUGGUAUGGACUACAAAGGACAGGGUUAUAGUCCCAAUCAAGAGGGACAAGGAGUGGCAACCAAACCUGCAGCUGCUGGAGAACUUUUAUGAGUCAAAACUGCUGCCAAAACUACUGAACUGUGCUGAACAUUAGAUGGAAUUAGUUCAUAGUUAUUGUUUGGGUUAGGGUUCAAUCGGUUUUUCAACAUUUUAAACAACUUUGAGGCUUCUAAAAAGCUCCUUAUCCCCUUAUGAAAGUGAUGGGAGGUGGCCACUUAGUAGGGGCAAGGAUCUCAUGAUGCGAUUUAUAAAUAUGAUUUGCACUUCAUGGGUCAUGAUGUAAUUACAUUCACUAUACAAUGUGAUGCUAUUCACCUCACGAUACGUUGUGAUGCAUAACUUACUGAAAAAUUCUACUUACUUUGGAAGGGAGGGGGAUUCUUACAGAUGGUGACCCUGAUACGAUACGUUUUCACUUGUGUUCUGGCUUGGGGAUUCUUAUAGUUAUGUAAACCUUAGGUUUUCAAUAUACAGUGUAAUCAUGCUUGGUGUUGUUGGAAAGCCAAUGUCAUGGGGAACAGGGUGGUGUCAUUGGUGGGGUGGUACAGUGGGUGCUGAAUGAAGAUCUUGGAACACCAUUCAAAAGUGAACUGUAGGUAAUGCAAGUUACCCAUGAGUCAGCAGCUAGCUGUGCAACAAAUGUUAAUCUGGUGUGAUAGGCCUACAGAGAGAGUGCAAGCAGCGUCAUUGACGUACUGUGAUUUUAUUGGGAUUGUGUCUUUCUUUGAUGAUUUGGGGUUUUUCUUUGAUCUUUGAGUAUAUAAGGGGAAAAGUGGAACGGUUCAAGGUUCGAUAGCCAUUCCGCAUUUUGCACAAUUGUAUAUUGCUGUUAUUGAAAACACUAAAAUAAAUUGCAUUCACUUUAA